AUGGCCAAACGCGUGUGCAUCGUCGGCGCCGGCCCCUCCGGUCUCGUGGCGGCCAAGACUCUCCUAUACAACGCCCCUGCCGGCGCUUUUACGGUGACAAUCUACGACGCCCAGAAGCGUGUCGGUGGUCUUUGGCCCACCAGUCGCGAUGAUGACGGCGGCCUCGUGCACCCUCUCAUGGUCGCCAACCAGAGUAGGCACUCGGUUCAGUUCAGCGACUUUGCCUGGGGCGCUGACGAGCCCGACUUACCGCGCGCGUGGAUGAUUGGUCGCUACCUGGAGCGUUAUCUUGACCGUUACAAAGGCGCCGAGUUAAAACUUGGCCACCGCGUCGUGAAGACCGAUCUGGCUGAUGACGGAACUUGGAGCGUCACCGUUAAAUCCGACGGUGGUGAGGAGACGAGCGUUUUUGAUUAUCUACUCGUCGCGACUGGGUUCUUUGGGAAGCCCGUCAUCCCGGACCUCGGAACCGAGCAGGCUACUGUGCCCGUUCUUCACAGCAGCAAGUACAGAGACCUCAAAGCGUUGUUCCCAGAGGGCGUGAAGGAGGGCGACAAGAUCUUGGUCGUGGGCGGUCAGAUGUCCGGCGUGGAAAUCUCCGGCACUAUCGCAACCCACGUCUCCGCCGCCGUCAAUGCUCCCGGCCCGAACACCGUGCCAAACGCAGACAAGCUCUCAAUCCACCACCUUGUCCAACGCCCUACUUGGGUAUUCCCACUCUACACUACCCCAAAGCCCGUUUCGGCAGCAGCCCCCUUCCUCCCGUUGGAUCUCACAUCCUACAACCUCGCCAACAGGCCUCAGCCUCUGCAAAAUACUUCAGGUAACAUCUCAGUUGAGGCUGCAAGGGCCACACAUGGUAUCUACGCCACUGCGCUAGGCCAAGACCAGUCUGAAUAUUCCGAGUCUGUCGCCAUCCGGUCGUCCAUGCGCUCCGACCCGCCCUACCUCGCCGUCAGCGAGAACUACAUGGAAUUCGUCCGGUCUGGCUUGGUUUCUGUCUCUCAAGGCAAACUCGCAUCUAUCAACGGCAAGAUCGCAACUACAGAGGCAUCUUUACGCGUCGAGAAUGUCGCGGCUGUAGUCUUGGCCACCGGCUUCGACGCCUCUCCCUCACUCUCCUUCCUCCCCUCCUCCGUGCUCACAACUCUCCAGCACUCCCCCGAACACCUGAACAUGCCCCUUUCCCUAGCUUUCCACGGUACCCACGUCAAGGACCUCCCGACCUUGGGUUUUGUGGGCUUCUACAGGUCGCCGUACUGGGGCGUGAUGGAGAUGCAAGCCCGCUUCCUCGCAGCGCUGUGGACGCCCACCUCUCUCGCCCCCAAGCCGCGGAAUCUGGCACAGGCGCUCGCCGACGACGCUUCACAAUCUCUAUCAACAUCCCUCCGCGGCGACCCCCGCGGCACGCAGUUCCCGAUGGGCGACUACAUGUUCCUGAUGCAGGAGUUCUCCUCGGCGCUGGACAUACCCAUCGGCCCCUUCCCCGGCCCGCCGACGCCGGCGCUGCCGCACAACAGCAAGCCCAUGGACAUCCUCACCCCGGCACGCUACAUCUCGCCCUUGGCGGACGAGCAGGCGAAAGCGGAAGCAGCAAAGUCUCUCUCGAUGACGCACGCCACUGCCGUCGCGGGCCUGACGACCAGCCGCUUCGUCGCCAAGGCCGUCUUCCGCAGCUUACUGGGAACGUGGAAACUCGAGCGCGACCUCACGAGCAAACUCCCCACGCACCCCAGCGGCCACUUCAGCGGCACCGCUCAGUUCCUCCUCCGCGACAAGACGGCCGACGGGCUCAAGUGCGUCGCCGGCUCCGCCGCUCCCCCCGGCCAAGACGAAAACCCGCUGGACGAGGACCUGGCGACGGAGUACCUCUACAUCGAAGACGGCGAGUUCCGCGCCGACAACGGCCUGGUCUUUAGAGCGACGCGCCGCUACGUCUGGCGGUACGACGAGAACAAGGACCGCAUCAGCGUCUGGUUUGUAAAGACCGACGACGCCAAGAGAGCGGAUUACCUCUUCCACGAGAUCGAGUUCCUUCCGCCGCCGGCAAAUGAUUUGAAGGGUUGGCAGGCCAAGGCGGGCCAUCUCUGCAUCGAUGAUUACUACAAUGUCAACUACGGUUUCACUUUCAAGGCUGUGAAUCUUAAGGAAUGGAAUAUUGGAUACACUGUGAAUGGACCGAAGAAGGAUUACACGAUACAUGGCGUAUAUAGACGGUAG